GGUAAGAAAUUAAGAAUCAUUCACCAAAAAUCAACCGACAACUGUUCUCACUUCUCAGCUGCUUACUCUACUCAGCAAAGAUGAGGAGCACCACUGCCGCCGUCGAUCCCUCGUUUCUCGGUUCCGCCACCUCCUUCUCCGCCGCUUGGGGCCACAAGUUCCCCGUCAUAAACCUACAGCCGGUCAAAUUAGUAGGGAAGAGGCUCACAGUAGCCUGUGCUACUCCACCGUCUUCAUUUGGGAGGCGAGCUCUGAUUUAUAUAGCGACGACGUCGUUUCUCAUGCCCUCUCCCAGUUUUGCCUCUGCUACUGAUGAAAAUGCUCUGUUACAAGAAGAGAUCGGUAAGGUAUUGUCCAAAGGCAGGGCUGCCGGUUUACUUCGUUUAGUUUUUCACGAUGCUGGCACUUUUGACGACGGUGAUAAAACAGGUGGUAUGAAUGGAUCGAUAAUUUACGAACUUGACAGGCCUGAGAACAGGGGUCUUGAGAAGUCACUGAAGAUUCUGGAGAAAGCAAAAGUACAAGUGGAUGCGGUACAACCAGUAUCGUGGGCGGAUUUGAUUGCCAUGGCUGGAGCGGAAGCUGUUUCAAUAUGUGGAGGUCCAAAGAUCCCUGUUCAACUCGGAAGAUUAGAUGCAACGGUGCCUGAUCCUGUUGGGAAGCUUCCGGAAGAAACACUCGUUGCAGCUACCAUGAAGCAAGUUUUUCAAAAGAAAGGCUUCUCAACACAGGAACUGGUUGCAUUAUCGGGAGCUCAUACACUAGGAACCAAAGGCUUCGGAAGUCCGACAGUCUUUGACAAUUCUUACUACAAAAUUCUUCUAGAGAAGCCAUGGUCAGCUUCAGGUGGGAUGUCUGAUAUGAUUGGCCUUCCUUCGGAUCGAUCACUUGGUGAGGAUGAUGAAUGCAUCAAGUGGAUAUCAAAGUAUGCGGAUGACCAGAAUCUGUUUUUUGAAGAUUUUAAGAAUGUCUAUGUUAAACUUGUCAAUAGUGGUGCCAAGUGGAGAUCUAUGUGAUUCAUGGAAAGCAUCGGUCGUCGCUCGUGUUAAAAACAUGGUACUAUGGUCCAUUCUAAAUAAUUCGGAUAUAUGUCCAAAACCUCGUGGCCUAUUUCUUUCACUGUAUUUUUUCUCUCAUUCAUAAUAAGGGAAAUUUAUGACCAUCUA